AUGUCGACAGCCGCGAGUGUAGGGCUUCGUCCUAGCCCAGCCCUUACCAUUCCCUUGAUCUCCUCCUCCCUGACCGUCUUCUACGCCAUCAUCGAGCCGACCAUCUUCCUACCGUUCAUCAAUGCCGCCAAAAUAGACGCUCCAGCUGCCAACAAGACCAUCCGUCUCUGGUGGAACGACUACCUGCCUGCGGGCCUCGUUACAAUCUUCAGCAUUGGCCUGACGGGUGUGGUAGGAGGCAUCAAUGCAGCCACACACUUCCCACACUACAGCCUCUCGCGGAAGCUCUGCUUCGCAGGCGCCGCUUUUUCCGCCGGGCAUUUCGCCUACGGCUACCAUAUUUCGCAGGUGAUCAAAUCGGUGUGCGACGAGGAAGAAGAGAAAACGGGCCGCACCAUGGACCAUGUUAAGACAUGGCUCCGCGUUCAUCUGCAGAGAACACUGCUCACAGACUUGCCCGCCCUGGCUUGCUUUGCGUGGGUAGCCUUUGGCCCUCAGGAAUGA